AUGGGAGGACAUUUAUCCAAAUCUGAAUUUGUCACAGUCUUGGCUGAUCAGAAUGUAAAAACUGGAGAUGAAAUUACUCUAUGCUGUGAGGUGAACAUAGAUAAUGUAACAGUAAAAUGGGAGAAGGAUGACCAGACAUUGCGCUGUGUGGAGGGCAAGCACACUAAACUAGGCAAUGGAGAGAAGUCACCUGGGAGUAAUCAAAAUGAAAUGUUCGCUAAACUGGAGGAAUUUAAAAUUUGUGAGAAAGUGCCAGAGCUUCGUUUCCUCAUGGUUGGACCAGUUGGAGCAGGAAAGUCCAGCUCCAUAAACACCAUCAAAUCUGUUUUUGAGAAACGUCAGUUUAUUAAUUGCCUGGGUGCUGCAUCUGCUGAGACAAGUCAAACUCUCUCUUUUCAGAGAUUUCAAGUUUCAAAUGAAGAUGGGCUUUUUCCUUUUGCUUUCAAUGAUGUUAUGGGAUUGGAGAUAGAAGGAGGGGUGCGCACUGACGACAUCACCAAGGCUUUAAAAGGUCACAUAAAAGAGGGUUACGAUUUUAAUCCUAUAACCUCACUGUCUGAUGAUGGUAAAUACUACAACAAAAAUCCCAGCUUGAGUGAUCAGAUCCACUGUCUGAUUUAUGUUAUACCAGCAGAUAAAAUUACGAUGAUGCCGACUGAAGUAACAACAAAAAUAAAGACUAUCAGAGAGGAAGCAAGCAAAAUGGGACUUCCUCAAGUGGUUUUCUUGACCAGAGCAGAUUGCAUAUGCCCACUUACAAAGGAUGAUCUUCAGAAAGUCUACUUUAGCAAGAAGAUCCGGGAUAAAAUUCAUGAAUGCAGUAAUAUAGUGGGUGUCCCUGCAAACUGCAUCUUUCCUGUGAUCAACUAUAGUGAUGAGACUCACAUAAAUGAGGAAAUAAACUGUCUGAUGAUGGAUGCUCUAAUACAAAUUAUAGAUUGGGCAAAUGACUACGUAAAGGAAAAAACUGAAACACGUGCCUGA